AUGGCAACUGCUAGAUUUCCUCAAUUAGCAAUAAUGGCUUUUGCUCUGCUCGCAGCGCUCUCAAGCCUAAGUCUCGUAGCCUCGCAUCGAUUCAUGGUCGGAUCCUGCCGUGCCAGCGGGCAUUUGCGAGGGAAGACCGGCCACUGCAACACAGAGAAUGACUCUGACUGCUGCGAAGCAGGUAAGAUGUACCCUCAGUACCGCUGCUCUCCUCCAAUCACGAGCAACACCCGUGCGACGAUGACCAUCAACAGCUUUGCCAAGGGUGGUGAUGGAGGAGGCCCGUCUGAGUGCGACAACAAAUACCACAGCGACAGUGAAAAGGUGGUUGCAUUAUCAACUGGCUGGUACAAUGGAGGAAGCCGAUGCUUGAACUACAUCAACAUCAACGCUAAUGGUAAGUCGGUGAGAGCCAAAGUGGUGGAUGAGUGCGAUUCUGUGCACGGCUGCGAUGCUGAUCAUGACUUCCAACCGCCAUGCCCCAAUAAUAUAGUAGAUGCAUCCCCAGCGGUGUGGAAGGCGUUGGAUAUACCGGAGUCUCAAGUGGGGGACUACGACAUUACCUGGUCUGAUGCCUGA